UUUUUUUUUUUUUGGGAGGCCUGCGCCGCAGAGCUCGAGUUGAUCAACAUUGCAAUUGCAAGUUCUUGUGUCACUUUGUACUGUUGGUAUUCUGUUGCAUCAACACACGCGGGAAUUGUGGUAUUUCGUACGGUUAAAAGGUGGUUUUAGGGGUUAAAUAAGCGUUAAAUACGAGGGGUGAUAUGUCGGUGCCGAAGGCUGUGAACGAAGGUCAAAAUGUUCUUCCUGAACUCCACACACAGCAACUGUUCUCUUGCGGUGUUCUCUGUGGCCCCGGAGAACACAGGCGGAGACGAGGAACGACGGAAUUUGGUAUAGAUACUGCUAGAGGACUGCGAGAGAGUGGUUCUCACACCAGCUGUGUGAUAGUGCCUGAGGAUGGCGCCCUUGAAGUAGGGCUCAAUGAGGACGAAGAAUAUGACGCUCUUAAUGAUGAAACGUUUGGUUCGGCGGCAGUGGAUGGGGACUGGGAGGAGUGUCACGAACAGAUGGCAUCUUUAACCGAAGCUGGACGUACGAAGAUUAAACAACAGGAAUUGCACAAUGCUUUACGACAGGGAGAUGUAUGCUUGGCUGAGGAGUUCAAACAUUUGGGCCUUAGGAAAUACGACAACCCAGGUGGCAGAAAUUUAACCCAAAGUAGCAUGCCCAUCAAUAUCAUUGGGUACCAAUCUGUUCCAGCUAGUCGUACCCAUAUAGGGUCGUCUUUGCUCGUGGGACCUGAUCUACCAGGCUCUCCGUCCAAUAGUAUAUGGACUCCCUCACCUGGUGUAGACAAAUUACGACCAGUUAUUCAACACUCUCCGUCUAAUGGUAUGGGUCACACUUUAGGACAGAUUCCUCAUGGACUCGCACAACCUGGCAUCUCUCCAUCUUUGGGUCUUCCAACAAUCAAGACCGUGGCCGAGGUUGAGGAGGAGAUGAAGCUUCAGCACGCUAGGUCUCAGUCAUCUUUUAGUCUCCAGCAAGCACUGAGAGCUGAGGACUUGGAGAGAGAGCUGGCUCGACAGACAGCUAGUAAAUCGCAACAGCAGCAACAAGGGUUAAGCAGCUUCUUACAACAGUCUGCACCAUUCAACCUUCAGAGGCAGGGAUCCUUCACUGGAGGCAUGCCAAACAACCCUAGUCAGUUUAAUCGUCGCUUCCAGAGACCCUUCCCUAAUCAAGGAAGUUAUCCGGGAUCUAUGCAACAAUACUCGCAUCAGCAACACCCAUAUCAGCAGCAACAACAACGCUUUGUGAAUUGUGGAGGAUUCCCAGGAAAUGGUACUAAGAACUUCAGCCAGCCUCCUCCACAGCUGCCUCAGACACAUGCUAAUCAGACUCAAGAUUGUUAUUCUAGUUACCAUCACCAUCACAAUAAUUACCAUAGUAACUUUCAGCAGCAGCAGCAACAGCAGCAACAUCAGCAGCAGCAACAGCAGCAGCAGCAGCAAAGUUACCACCAUAACCGUAAUCCAGAUGGCCGUUACAUAAAUCACAAUGGCUAUGACCAAGGUAGAAAUGGCAAUGGCUUUGACCGCAGAAACUAUGAAAGAAAACCUUACGAUCAGAGCCGCAGCUUUGACCAAGGAAAAAAUCAAUACGAUCGAACUGGCAACUCUAGAGAAGAUUAUUCAUCGCACCCUGGACGAAUUCGACGAGACAGCGAGGCAGAGUGGGAGGAAUGGCAUCGUAUACGGGAGCAAGACGAGUAUUGUGGGCUUAUGACUCCACGAGAGAAAGGAUGGCUGAAAUAUAUCCAAGCCAUGCAGUUGCACUCUGAUAGUCCAUAUCAAGAUGAUUAUUAUUAUGUGAUGUAUAGUGUUAAACAGCAACGCAAAAGGGAGGAAGAAGUGAUCGAGAUAGAUGGUCUACAGUUACUCUUGCCAGAUCGUGGGAAAGAUGGAGGAAGAGAGUAUGAACCUCCACGACUUGAAAACUCUCUAGGUAAACUGCAAGUAGUAAGUGUAAAUGCCCCGAGAAAAAUUAUUGACCUGCAAGUGGUGCAUCUCGAUCCUUCGCAUCCCACAACAUCUCUGCAGCGCGAGAUGAGGAAACACAGACAUCUGCUCCUGUAUGUUGAAAAGUUGUUCAAUGUAAUGAUGGAAUUGGACGACUUGGAACGAAAAAUUCGCCACUUGCCCGACUGCCCAACACGUGAUCUAUUUAAGUCCAAGUCCCGUCAGCUGGCUUCUAGACUUUGGAGUAGUGUAACAUCAACACCAGAACGACUUGUGCAGCUAUUAUGUAUACGGAAAGGAAAGAGUUUGUUGUGUCGUCUAAUAAGCUGGUUAGGGGAGAGUGAACAUGAAAAGCUGGUGAUGAACAUAUUGCAGAACAUGCCCCUCUUGGCUAAGAAAGAUGCACACGAUCAACAUUUAGCGCUCUUUUGGCCAAUUACGGAUCGCCUGGUUGCAUCUUCCUCCCAUGACCGCAUGAUUGACCUGGCUGCAGCUCUCAAUACUCAAGGAACGACACCACACAAGACAAAUUUGGCGUCGGCCUUGUGUAAUAAGUAUGGUGUGAGUUUGAUAAUGGCUCUAUUGGUACGAGGAGAACACCUUCAGUCAACUCUUGGAGGUUGUGACGAAUGGCAAGAACUACUACUAGCAGUCAUUAAUGGGCUUGCCACUGUCUCGGACACUACACUCAAGACUUCCAGUGAUGGCAGCAAGGCCUCCACAGAAAUUCCCCAAGCCCUUCCCUCUGUAGCUCUUGCAGCUUCACCUUACCGCCCUGGCCAGCAUCUAGCAAGAUGUACUAAGGCGGAACCCCAACGUCUCAAAGCCUCCCAAGACAAAAUGGCCCUCCUUGAAGUCACACACACUAAACCAAGGUGUCAAAGUCCAGUCAAAUCUUAAUCCUAGAAUAAAAUAGGAUGUAUGAAAGAAACAGAAGGUUUUGUUUAAAUUAAACAACUGGAUUCCUGAUGGUUUGGUUUUCUAUCUUGUAUGGGGUCAUUUUUAUUUUGAAAAAACAAAAUUGAAUAGUUCAAAAUGUCACCUAUUAAAUUAUUUUGUAUCCAUAUUGUUAAACUUUAUUAAGAAUGUUAUGUAAAGAAUAAGUGUUUUUAAAAAAUAAUAAAACAGCCUGAUGAGUGGGCCAUCUACAAUCAUAAUAGAUGAUUAUGCAACCUCUAGGAUUUGUGUUGAGGAUAGCUCUCUUGUUCUCACUUCUGAAGUGUGACACCACAUUAGCUAAUGUUUUGUAUUUCAUUAGACCUUAGUUUACCGUCGCAUAACACACCCUAAUCUAGUGCCGUUUAAGAAACCAUGUAUGCCAAGAGUUAUAGAGCCGAACGGCCCAUGUGUUAUACAAAUUUUAAUUGUAUAGAUUUUUAUGGUAAGUAAACAUGCUUGUAUUCCUGUGUUCAGUGGAAAACAUAAUCACCAAGAUGUACGAUGUAUUGGAGGUGUAAAAGGUGGCAUCAGUUUGGCUUUAACCAUUUAACUCUAACUAGCCAAGGCUUCGUAUACUGUUUGCUGUAUCGAUAUUAAUGCUGGAAAUGAAGUUGGUAAUGUGGUAAAUGGGAAUUUGUAAACAGACUACCGAGGCCGUUUUCAUUGUGUGCUCCACUUGGUACAGGGAUGAUGAUUUAUAAUCUGGUGCUUUAAAACUGUUAUGGGCAAUUUUAUAAUCUGCAGGCAUUGGUGACAAUUAUCAUAAUUUACAGUUUAAAAUCCCAUUCUUAGAGAUGCAGCUAUCAUCUGGCAAUAACUAAGGUGUUAGUUUAUCAGUCCACUAAUCACUGUUAAUUUAAUUACAUGGUCUUCAAAAGGCUGUUGCAUUACUGUGAUACACAGUAUAUCAAAGAGGUUCUUUGCUUUUUAUUUUCUUAAACUAAUUUCCCACUUGUGACAAUUGUUGAAGUUUGUGACUGACUCAGACGCAACUCCGUUAAGUCAUGUUUUAAGAGUUACUUUGUGGUAUGAGUAUGAACGUUAAGCUAUUCUACUCAAAUGACUGCAACAGAUGAAUUUGUAAACGUAGGGAAAGUAGUGAGUACUUACAAUUUUGAAUAGACUUGAUUCCCUCCCUCAAUUUUUGUUAUAUAAAUUGAACAUCUGAUGUACAUUUUUAUAUAUGGCUCUAAAGAAUUUUUACGUUUUUUGGGCUGGGUCUUGUACAAGUUGUUAGUAAUUAGCUUGUCUCGUGGGCGUCUGUGGGGCGAUAUUGGUUAAGCCCAGGCUACAUUUGUUUAUGGUCUUCCAACACAGACUGGUUCCCUACCCAGUGCUACAUUUUUUUUUUUCUAAAAUAAAACAUCCUUGGAAUUGCA